CGAAUUAUGCCAAGCUUUUAUUAAUGCUGAUAUUCGGCUAGUAAAAGUUCAAAAUUCUUGUUUAAUAUCAUUUUUGAAAAAAUAUGCUGCAAAAUCAAUUCUUGAUGAAAGCACGUUAAGAAAAAAUUAUAUUCAACCGAUAUACCAUGAAACUCUUAAACCAAUAAGAAACUCAAUCGGCGAUGGGCCCAUAUGGAUAUCGAUUCAUGAAACAAUCGAUACGGAUGGUAGAUCUAUUGCAAAUAUCAUAAUUGGAAAACCAGAUGACACUAAAUCUAUAAGUCUAUUUUUGUAA